AUGAACUCUCUGAAACACAGAAUCCAGUUCUCGGACCCUGGGAGUUGGGACAAGCUUGCUGGAAAUCAUGGGGCCCAAGAAGCCACGCAGCUUGUGGGUGACCACAUGGCUCAAGAUAAAAAUACCAUUGAGCCAACUGGAAAGCGUUUCUUGCUUGCUGUUGAUGUGAGUGCUUCUAUGAACCAGAGAGUUCUGGGCAGUGUACUCAAUGCCAGUACAGUGGCUGCAGCAAUGUCUAUGGUUGUCACCCGAACAGAAAAAGAGUCCUAUAUAGUUGCUUUUUCUGAUGAAAUGGUACCAUGUCCAUUCACUGUGGAGAUGACCUUACAGCAGGUUUUAAUGACUAUGAAUCAGAUCCCAGCAGGUAGAACUGACUGCUCCCUACCAAUGAUCUGGGCCCAAAAGACAAGCAUGACUGCUGAUAUCUUCAUCGUAUUCACUGAUAAUGAGACCUUUGCCGGAAGUGUGCAUCCUGCCGUUGCUCUGAGGGAGUAUCGAAAGAAAAUGGAUAUUCCAGCUAAAUUGAUUGUUUGUGGAAUGACAUCAAAUGGCUUUACCAUUGCAGACCCAGACGACAGGGGCAUGUUAGAUAUGUGUGGCUUUGAUACUGGAGCUCUAGAUGUAAUUCGAAAUUUCACAUUAGAUGUGAUUUAACUAAAAAUACCAACAUAGUCUAAGAGGUUCAUUGUCAUCAGUGAUCUUAGUAAAAAUGUACAGCUAUUUCCCAACUAACCUUAAUCCAACAAAAGAUAAUAAAAAUGAUACAGUAUGU